CUCCAAGUUCCAAGUUCCAACUUGUUCUUUUCUCUACUACGAGUGAUAAAAAAAUGAAUUUUGCUUAUUGUUAUACAAGUUUCUAAAUUAAAAGAAAGUUGACAGUUAAUUUCCAUUAUCCCUAAAAAUGGAAUUCUACAGUCAAACAAGAACAAUGGAGGAAUUGCUGGAGGAAGCAAAACUCCGAAUCGAUAGUUGUCCGAAGCCAGUUCUAAAGGAGAUCACCUUCAAUGGCUACCCGAAUAAAGUAGGAUGGAGUGAUCAAAAACUCCAUGAAAUCGCCAAAGAUAUCAAAUUCGCACCAGAAAUUUUCGAUUCCACGAGCUACAAGUCGAUAAUAAAUCAAUUUUUCAACUUUUACUUCGCCGCUAACAUCAGAAAGCCGGCUAUAAUACAAUCGACAAUUUAUUGCGCAGCAGCUAUUUUCAACGUGAGAAUGGAAAAUGGAGGCUAUAGAAAAAUCUUCGACGAAGAGUACAUGGACCAACCAGAUGCAAAAGGUAAAUAUAUUUUCACUUGGAAAGCAAAUCCUGAUUGCGUGCCUCUGCACAAGCUUGACAUAGGUAAGUGUCGUUUCAAGAGGGCAAUUGAAACAACUCUGCGAAACUGGGAAGAGGAUAAAAUUUAUAUCUAUGAAAAUCAAAUCAACCUGGUGAAACUCACAUCCUUUUUGGCGCUGGCUCUUUGUAGAGUUGUUGGCAAGACUGAGUCCCAAUUGAUGAGUGUUUUGAGAAGCAAGACGUUCCGACUAGCCAUGUCUGAUUGUAUAGAAUGGGAACUGGACCAGCCUUUCUCAUCACCUUGCGAAGAAUGCAUCAAAAAGUGUAAGCAUCAUCUCAGCCAUGGCAAUUUGAACUUCUUUUUCGCAGUCACAGUCAAUCGUUGGCUUAUGGCUCAGAGAGCGGGUUCGGGAGAGGAGGAAAUUAAGUUCAUAAUCUACGAGGCUUUGCUGGAGAGCAUAGAGUGUCAUGGCAUGGGCAUAAUUAAAUUGCUGCUGUCAGUUAUGAAGUAUACUGGAAGAACUUUCGAAGAUCUGAUGUCAGUCAUUUGUGUCGUGGCAACAGACUGCCUUGUUUAUCCCGAUUGGCAACUCAUGGUGAACUUCUACAGAGAGUAUUUGGCUGAUAAAAAUCCCCCGCACAGUCUUCCAUGGGUUAGGCUAAUUGAUAAUGAUUAUUUUCGUAACUGUUCAUCGAAAGAUAGCCCAUAUGUCGCUGCCACUCUUACGGCAAUAAUCGAAAAGAGAGAAGGUCCAGGGGUUUGGAAAUCUGAGUGGAUCAGGAGAAUUAGAGCGAGUCCCUACUUUUUGUUAGUUGGACAAAAGCUGGGAUACAUUGUCCGCGAAAUUUUGAUGCCAACAGAUCCAGAAAAGGAGAGCCAUGUCGCAGAAAAGAAAGCGAAAGUGCAGAAACGUAAAAUCAAGAAUGUGGAACAGCCAACUAAAGAUGUGGAAAUUAAAAACCAGAAUGUUGAGCUUAAAACCCAGGAUAUAGAAAACGGGGAUGCGUCCCAGAAAACUGAUGAUUUAGAAACUCAAUACCAGGAAUUAGUUAAGAAAACCAUGGACCUAGAAGAGAAACAAGGUUCAGAAGUAGGAUACCUCGAAUUGCUCAAGAAAACCGAGAUCGAAAUCGCAACUCAGAUAAGCGCGACUUCAUUAAGUGAAACUUCGCUAUAAAAUAAUCUGAAUUAGAAGUUUACUGGGCUAAAUGAUAGAGAGGAGACUUCGAGUUCUCUAAUGUUAAAUAUUGUUUAUUUUAUUUUUGUUAAUAAUUUCUAAAGGUAUAGAUUUUGUUGAAGAUUAUAUUUAAAAUCAAGAAUAUCUUUUUUUCGACUGAAAUGAAUAAAUGUUUCUAUUUUUUACAAUUGCCUAUAUCAUUAAAGACAUGAAUAUCGAAUACAUCAGCAAGCAAGGGAUAUGCCAUAAAAUCGUAUGGUUAAAGGAAGCUAACGUAGGAUUGAUUUUUUUUUAUUCUCUCAAAAUGAAAUCCUGUUCCACGUUACAUUUAUAAUAAUUGAAAAUCGUAAUAAUUAGUUUGCUAUGUUCACUAUUAUUAUUUUUUAUUUUGAUCAGUAUAUCUUUAGCAGAAAAAAGAAUUGCUAGACAUUAAAACCAAAUAUAUUAUACGAAUUUCAUAUCAUUAUUAAUUAUGAAAUGACCAAAUAUUUUUUUAUAUGGUAUAAAGACUAUUAUUUAUAUAUUUCUAUGUUUAUUGUAUUUGGUGUCAAACCAUAAGUUAUUUAUUUUUUGUAAAUAGUAUGAGGCAUACAGAUAACUUUGUACAAUUUUUUGAUUCAAUAAACAGUAAUAACAAAAA